UCCCGCCACUUGCACAUCAACCCCUCUCCUAUCGGGUGUUGAUUUCGUGCGAUUCCUUUUCAAAUCACAAAUGCUAUCUCCGUUCCCUAAUUUUUGAAUCAUAAUCUUUUUUUUUUCUGUUAAAUCGAUUUAUAUAAGCAGACGAAGCACCAAUUCGGCGUUUGCAAUGGAGGAUGCCCAGCGGUGGAGCGUGAUGUACACCAAGCACGUUAGGCAGAAGCGUAAAGUUUAUCAAGAUGGUUUUCUGGAGCUUCCAUCCUCCCGCAAUAAGGUUAUGCUAUAUGACGAAUGGGAUAAGAUCCUGGAAAGUAGGUUUGUGAAGAAAGAUGAUGUUAUCAGAUCUGGUGAAUCUCUGUCCUUCGGUUCCUAUCUUGUCGACAUUGGUGAACUAUGUGGUCGCCAAAAACCUACAUCUACUGCAAAUUGUCAAGAAAAAGAAACGAAAGUUUCAGAGAAACCAGGUCCAUUGUACAGCUACAGUAACCAGAAUAAAAGGCCAACAUUUGGGAAGAGUAAAGUACAAGUGAUCAACUUAAGUCCAUCGCAGAAAAUCAUUCGAGACUUCAAGAAGAGUGAAAUGAUCAAGUGUGUCUCUCCACCAAUAUGUGUAGAUACAAUAAGAACCAGUACAACAGAAUGGCAGGUAUUGUACACGACACAUAUAACACAAAAGGCGAAGAAAUUUCAUGAUGGCUUUUUACAACUUGUAGUUCGUGGAUCACAAGGGAGGCAGGUUAAGUUGUAUGACAUAAACAAGAGACACUUGGAUAGCAGGUUCUUGAAAAAAGAUGAGAUAGUUCGCUCUGGUGAAUCACUGCCAUUUGAGGGUUAUCUAGUAGAGAUUGGAGAAGAGGAAGGAGAUCAUAAACCAGUAACUGACUCAAUCCUUGAGGUUAAAAACUGCAACGUAAUUGGGAAAACUGAUGUAGCUGAUCAUCAAGCCAAAAUCCCAAUAAAUAAGAAAUUUUCUGCUGGUAAAUAUCCAGACAAGACCUCUCCUAAGAAACUUACUACCCUUGGGGAUUCAAGCCCCAAGAUCGAAAAUGACCAAUUAAGUUGUAGCAGACCUGCAAACGAGCCUAGACGUGCUGUAUACGAGUGGUACAAGGCACAUGAUAGGAAUUUGGUUACUGUUCAUGACAUCUUGUCUAUUCUCAAACAACCAGUUCAGAGAAAUGUUGUCAAAAUGGACAAACUGAUUAAGGUUAAGGUGGAGGACUCCCUUGAAUCACACUCUUCACAUGUUUCUUCUGAUAUCAAGGGUCAUACAAUGGAGUAUGCUGAAGAUUUCAGUGAAAGUUCACUGGACGAACUGACAGAAAAAGCCUCAGACCGUUACCGCAAAAUUAAGAUUUUAAAAACUGAAGAUGUUGAAGUCCUCGUUGCAGCUGAGAAGUGCACAGUUUCAGGAUAUGAGAGAGAAUCCUCUAGCUUCUAUCCCGG